AUGACUGACUCUUAGUGUUAAAUUUGCAUUUAAUUUGAAGCUGAAGAUAUUUGUAUCCUCUCAGAAAUGCUCAGUUAAAUUACUAUACCCAUUUCAGGUAAUUUAUAUUAAAUAUAUAGACCAUAAGAUACCUAUUCAAAUGUUCCCUUAUAUUUUUAAAAGUUUAAAGUUUCGUAAAUGUUUGGCAUAAAUAUUUGAUACUAAAUACCUUGAAAUAUGUGAAAAAUGUUCACAUAAUAGACUCUAAUAAGUAUUCUUACCAUUAUUUUCAUCAACUGUUACUGAAUAUAAUGAGACUCAAAUAACUUAAUAAAUUGAAGAAGGAUUAGAUAAAUUAUAUGAGUCUAUAUAAGAAAAAUAAUAGAAACUUAAACAAUCAAAAGAAUAAUUCGAUAAACUAGCUUCAUAAUUAUUUAAUUGUGAAGAUGACGUUGAAGAAAGCCAUUCAUCAGGAGAAGAAAGCAGCAGCAAUGAAGAAAUCAGUAUAAUUUAUUUUAUUAAAAAAAAGAAAAAAAUGAUGAAGAUGAAUAACAACCUAUUAUGUAGUUUAACAAAAAUUCUAAUAAAAACAAAUUUUAAAAAAGAUCAAUAGAUAUUCUAAAAAAAUGGUUUUUAGAUCAUCUUGAUAAUCCAUAUCCAGAUAAUACAGAAAAGUAAAGGCUUUCUAAGAUUACUGGUAUGCAUGUUCGAUAAGUAAUAAUAUUUAGUUUAGAUUUUAAGAUUUAAAAUUGGUUUACCAACUCUAGAAAAAGAUAUUUGGAACCUUUGAAAAAAAAAUUUGAGCAUGGAUUAAUGAAAGAUAGCGACAGUCAAGAGGAAGAUUCUUCCAAUGAAUAAAAAAAGCCUUUAAAACUAACUUAAUAAUAGCAACAACAACAAUAAUAAUAACAAAUAAUAUAAUCAUAAUAAUUAAAUAUUUCUUCAUAAUAAUUACAAUAAUAAUAAUAAUAAUUUUAAUAAUAAUAGUAAUUACAAUAAUAGUAAUUAUUAUAAUAAUAGUAAUUAUAGUAAUAAUAGUAAUUAUAAUAAUAAUAGCUUCUUUAAUAACAAUUUUAAAUUUAAUUACCUUUAUAAAAAAAAGUGAAAAUGGAAGAGGGUUGUCAAAAUAAACCCUUUGAUGCAAGUAACAUUAAAUAAGAAGCUAAAAUAGGAUCACUUCUUCCUGAUCUUUAAUAAUUUUAAUAACCUAAUUAAUUCUAAUAAUUUCAAUAGAUGUAAUAAUUUGCUUAAUUAUAAUCAUUACAAUGGAUGAAUCCUUUAGCUUAAUUAAAUCCUCUUUAAUUUUAAUUGCCACCAUAAUUUUUAUCUCAAUAUUAUAACUUUUAAGAUUAAUCAAAGGCCCCUUCUCUUAAUGGAUUGCCUUAAUUACACCAAGUACCUGUAUUUCCAUUGUUACCCUCAUUGCAGCCAAAUGCAUUUUAAUAAUUUUUAUCUUAAGGUUCGACAUAACCAAUUUAACCAUAAGUUUAAGUUCCAAAUAUUCAGGCUUAAAUACCUCAAGUUCCCAAUCUGUAAACACUUUAAGCAGGAUUUUAAUAAUUAAAUGGACAACAUUAAAAUCCGUAAAAUGGAAUUAUGUAUCCGAUGUUUUAGUAAUAAAUGCAAAAUGAAUAAAAGAAAUGA